AUUUAAUUUUAUGGUAAAAGAAAUAAAGGAAAUAAAGAAUUUUAUGUUUUAAACAGUUUUUUUUUCAUUAAUGUUGACUACUUUUAUAAUAAUUGAAUUCGUAUAAAGUUUUAUAAAGACUUUAUAUUCAUUUAUAAUUGUUUUAAUACAAUUAUUUGAAGUGUUUGGAGUUGUUUAAAGUCUAUUUCCUAGAUUUCUGAACAUGAAACGCUAUUUAAUGUAAAUUCUAGAGAAUAUUAUUCUCUGAAUGAGUCUAUAACCUUAAAUGUUCAAACAAAAGAUAGUGAUUAGGCCUAAAAAUCUUCUGAGUUUGUUGCCUUUUCCUCUCUCUACAUGCCCCAUUGAUUGAGAGUAUUAGCUGACGAACUAAAAUAUGAAAACCCUGUCUCCCUCUCAACAAUCAAGACGUAUUGAUUCUUUGAGUAUAGGCCCUUUUCUUUGUAUUCUUGAAUAUUCUUUUAUUUAACCUUAAAAACUACUUUUAUGCCACAUAGCAGUGCAAGAAAUGAAUUCUUUCAUCUCUUUUCUAUGCUUCUAUAUAAUUAUUAAUGUUCAUUUAAGAGAAGGAAAAUGUCAACUAAACGCUUAUCAAUCAAACAUAGAACCUUAUGCAAGACUACUAGAUAAUUUUCAUACUAAUAUUAAGACAUAUAUGAAAGGUUUCAAUAGGUCUAGUAGACAUUUAAACCAUCCGUUCUUGUUCUUUAAUGUAACGGACGUAAGACAUCUUCAAAAGUCUAUAAAGUCAACCCAUAAGGUCAUUUUUCACAAGUUAGAGAAGGCUGCACAAAGAAUAAUCAACAACAGCAAAGUUUAUUUACCUCCGGCCAACAUUAGAAAAUUCGGUUCCGAAUGGAACGAAGAUUAUGGAAAUAAUCUAAUAGAUUUAGCUUUCUACUGCCUCUUGAAACCAAACGGUAAAGCCAUAGCGUUCACUAAAACAUUUAUUCGUCUGAUGAACAACAUUCCCUCUUGGAGAUAUACGAAGCAGUUAUCAAACGAUUUUCCAAUUGCCAAUAAUAUGCUGGGCUUUACUUUGGCUGUUGAUUUCCUAUGGAAUUCGCUAACGACCGACGAAAGAACAGUGUACAUAAAUAGAAUAUUCAAUACACUCAAAGAAAUAAACGUGAAUAUGAAUAAAAAACCCUGGGGAAACGAUCUAAUACAAAGUAACUCAACAGCGAAUAUUGUUUCUGUAUUCGUGACAAGCCUCUUUCUAGAGAAACAUAAACCUUCUGUCCGACAAUGGAGACUGGAUUGUAUGAAGAAGAUGGAAUAUUCUAUAAAAUUGUUGGAAGGCAUUGGCGAUGGAACAAAUGGCGAGAGCGUUUCGUCUAAUAGCCUUUUUACAAAAAGUCUCACUCAGUAUAUCUUUUUGAUUAAUCGCCAUUUUCAAUUCAAGCAUCAUUUUACAAAUAGAUGGCUACGUAAUCAACUGAAUCUAUUUUAUCAUACAACUCUACCAAGUAGAGAUAGAACUAUUUGCAUUGGAGAUUCCCAAUUAUCUUGGUUAUACGGUCCCGAAGCUCAACUCCUUUUUAUCGAUACUUUUGCAAUGAAGAACGGUCAGGGAACUUUUAUGGCCGGUCUCAUAAGAAGCGAGAGGUCACAUUCCCGCUACCUUCGAGAUCGUUUGGGUACAAUUUUUACCGAAUUGUUAUGGUUCGAUCCAGUUCUUACAAGCAAAAGAGUUUCAACUCAAAUACCAAAUCAUCACAUCUUUCAAGAUUGGGGAGUAUCGACUUACAGAUCCCAUAGCUUUUUUAACAGACACGCUACACACAUCUCCUUCAAGGCGUCUCCUCCACACGGUCAUUUAGUGAGUGGUUUGGCAAAUGGACGAAUAAACUGGUGGAGCGGCUGGUCUCAUUUUCGUCCACUUUACGAACAUCCAAAUCAGAAUAGUCUUGCGAUCGUUAUGAAUAAUAAGACUUUUAUAUCGCAUGGAGGAUUUCAUCAAAAUAAGUUGACAUAUUUCGAAAAUACUCUUGUCUUCAAGUAUGAGAAAGGCAGUAAAAAAUUUCCUCCUCGCAGUUGUACAUUUCCGUGGAUUGGCCAAUUGGGAGAAUGCGGUCAUUUCUUUAAUUUUAAUGAAAAGGACGUUGUUUUCUCACAAGCGUCUAUAGUUGUUAGCCGAAUGUUGAAGAAUUUCGUAUUUACUAGUGGAGAAGCUGCAGGAGCAUAUCCUAAAAGUUUGGGUAUUAAACGCUAUUAUCGGUCAAUGAUAACACUUCACCCGCAACUUAUACUUUUAGUGGAUUACCUUGGAAUAGUCAAUUCGAAAGUAGUCAAACAUUUUUCAGCGUUUUUCAACAACUACGAAUAUUCAUUCUAUCAUUCAAGAGUGUUACGUUACAAUGCUGCACAUAUGAAAAAUAAGGAUAAAUAUGUAUUUUAUUGGCAUUCAUCCGAUGGCCAAUCUCCAAUGCCUACCUUCAGAACAGGGAAAUCUCCGUACGAAAAUGGAAAGCCAUUCUCGAAUGUUAAUAUAACUUUUAGCAUUAACAAUUUAUCGAACUACGUUUUGUACGGAUUUUUAGGACCAAGUAUUACAAUAAGUAAAAGUGAGAUACGCGUAGGAAUCAACGAGAUAAAAAUACAGAUAGAGAGUAAUGUUGGAAAGUACGUAAUUCAAAUUCCAGUUCACUAUCAGAGAACAAAGUAUUAUUGCGCAAUAACGAAAUAUGGUAACGCAACUGUACUUUUUUCAAAGCCAAUUAAAGACAACAAUGUUAAAAAAGUUGCACCGAAACAUAGCAUAAGUGCUAAUAAUAAACAUCAGAGAGUAACGAGGAGAUCUAACGUUCGAACAACGACUAUUGCGUGGAAGUUAUCGAAGAGAUUGGCGUCAAGGCAACAGAAGAAAAGAAGGAGAGAGAGGAGGUUGAAAAAGAGAAAUGUUACAAAUGCAGCGAUAAAGUCUUCCAAAUGUUCCAUCUUACUGAGAUAUACGAAAAUGAUACUUCUCGUUACUGUUUUAAUAGGAUUUUAUUCUUCUUUCCAUUGUAAAUUAAAGAGAAGAUGUACAAUAUAUAAAAUUGCGAUACUGUUGGUUUGUAUUCUCGUAACGGUUUACCUCUCGUCCGAAGGAGCAUCAUGUUUAAUUAAUUUCAAUAUAUAUUUUCGAUAAUUAAUAAGUUUUUCGUAAAGUUUCUAUCAAUUAAGGAAUAAAAACGAUAUUUUCGUAAUAUAAAAUAGUUUUAUUUCACAUCUAAAGCAUUGAUUUGUUGUUUAAUAAUAUUCCUUUAUAUUAAAUAUUAAAUACAAUUUUUUGAGCUGUACAAAUAACGCCGUAUUAUUACUUUGUAAUUUAUUAGACGUGACAGUUGUUUUUUUUCAUUUUUUUUUCUUUUUCUUUGAUGAAAUACCAUGAUUGCAGCAUAUAUUUUUUGUUUUCCUAUCAAGUAUAACAGUUCUGUGAAAAUUCUGGAUAUUUUUCAACCAAGAAGUAUUCAACCAUUUUGUUUAUUUAUUGAUUAAUUUAACGCUUGCGUUCAAAUCUAAAAUUUAUCCCUUUUGUUAUAUUCUAAUUUUUUAACUAGUAAUAUCAUUUUGAAUUUUUAGUCGUAUGUGCUGGCUCGUUUAUUUUUUCCACCUCUAUUCUUCUUCUUCUUCUUCUUCUUC